CAGAAUAUAUUAAAUGGCGGAAGCCCGUAUGAGAAGAAAAGAAAAGACAAAUAAAUAAAAAAGGCCCAAGCCCAUUUAGAAAAUAAUAAAGACGAUGGGCUAAAUCCACGAUACGUCUCUCUCUCUCUCUCUCUUACUUUCUCUCUCCUCUUUCUUUCUUCUUGCCUUGCAAUGCACUCGCAGGUUACUAGUGUUCUCUAGUCAAACUGUUUGCCAUUGUUCCUUCACACUUUUCCUCUCUCCUCACAAACGCACAACACACAAGGUGCGUGUGUGUAUUUCAUUCAUUUACUGUUCUGCGAAAUAAAACGAAUUAAUAUGAAGAAAGAGAAUGGUGGAGGAAGCAAAAACUCAAAACCCACCCUCCAAUUUGGUGGAGACGAUGCUUCGCGGCUGGUCGGCGGGAUAGUCGAGAAGGGCUUCUCAGAUAACCCGCAAGGAGGUAGGCCUAUCGCCCCCCCUCGGCCCUCCGUUCUGCCUUUUCCGGUGGCACGCCACCGCUCACACGGCCCACAUUGGGCUCCUAAAAUUGGAGGCUCUAAUGUUGUUAAUGAUAAUGAUUAUGCGGGUAAUGAUAACCGAGAAGAGGAGGAUUUUGAUGGGAUGGAAGUGGCUGCUAACAUUGCUAAUCCUGUACAAAGAAAAGAAAGGAAAGGCGUAGAUUUUAGCCGGUGGAAGGAGAUAGUGAAGAAUAAUGGUACUAAAAAGGAACCUGUCCGUGAAACGAAAGAGAUUAAUUCCGAUAAUUUAAGUAGGAGAGUCGCUGUUCCAGAUGAAAAUGUUAUCGAAAAAAGGCAAUGGCCACAGAAUCACAGUCCUAAGUCGGAGGGAAGUAAUGUUGUGGAGAAGCUGCCUACGUGGCGGGAUGGUUCGAGUAAAGAUGGACAAGUGGAUUUAAAGAUGAAAAGCAUGCAAAAGUCCAAGGUGGCUUCUGGUUUUGCUGCACAAAAAUUUGUAGGUGGGGAAGAAGUCGGUAUUGAAAGUCAGAUCGAUGCCGAGAAUCGAGCUCAGUUGUCGAAAAUGUCUGCUGAUGAAAUUGCGGAAGCACAAGCUGAAAUCAUGAACAAGCUGAACCCGGAGCUGAUAAAUCUACUUAAAAAACGGGGACAAACCAAAGUCAAGAGGCAGAAGUUUUCUUUGUCAGAUGUUACAGGCAGCGAAGCGGACAGUUUGCAGAGUGAGAAAAAUCGGUCAAAAUUAAUUGAGAACACUAUGUCUGACAAGCCUUUAAAAAUAGUUACUACAGACACACUGCAAGAUAAAGAUGAUAAAGCUUCUUCAAAUAUAAGUGAAGAAAACUGUAGCAUGUGGGAUGCUUGGAGUAAAAGAGUUGAGAGUGUUAGAGAUAUGAGAUUUUCCGUGGAAGGAAAGAUUAUCCGCAGUGAUUUUGCUCGUGUAUCAGAUGAUGGUAAGCCAUCAUCAGAAAGUGGAUACAGUGCAGAUAAUGUCUCCGAACGUGAUUUUCUUCGAACUGAAGGUGAUCCAGGUGCUUCUGGUUAUACCAUAAAAGAAGCAGUGGCCUUAUCCAGAAGUGUGAUUCCUGGGCAACGCACUAUUGCUUUACAUCUUAUUGCAGCUGUUCUUGAUAAAGCAAUUUGCAGCAUCUCGCAGAAUCAAGUUGAUUCGGAGGGGCCCGUUGACUGGGAGGCUGUUUGGGCUUUUGCUCUUGGCCCGGAACCCGAGCUUGCUUUAUCAUUGAGAAUGUCCCUUGAUGAUAACCACAACUCUGUGGUGCUUGCUUGUGUCAAAGUCAUUCAGUGUGUGCUAAGCUGCACCAUGAACGAAAUCGUAUUUGAUAUGCUAGAGAAGACACCAACUUACGUGGGGGGUGCUUGUACAGCUCCUGUAUUCAGAACUAAACCAGAUGUUAAUGUCGGUUUUAUUCGCGGUGGAUUUUGGAAAUAUAAUGUGAAACCUUCCAAUAUUCUUCAUUUUCAUGAGGAGGAAUCGGAGGGUGACAAAGACGAAGGUGAACACACUAUCAAGGAUGAUGUAGUUCUUGCUGGUCAGGAUUUUGCUGCGGGUCUUGUUAGGAUGGGGAUUCUUCCUAGAAUUUGCUUUCUCUUGGAGACAGAUCCUUCUGCACCAUUAGAAGAAUGCUUAAUAUCUAUAUUGAUUGCCAUAGCAAGGCAUUCCCCCACAUGUGCUGCUGCAAUUAUUGACAGUGGAAAGAUUGUUCAGACAGUUGCUAGCAGAUUUGCCUCGAAAGAACAAAUGGAGAUAAACAUUUGCAAGAUAAAAUCCGUUACUCUCUUAAAAGUAUUGGCACAGUACGAGAAGAAGAAUUGCUUAUCGUUUAUAAACAGUGGAAUUCUCCAUAAGGUGACCUGGCACUUGUACCGAUAUCCAAAUUCUCUUGACCAAUGGGUGAAAUCCGGAGCAGAGGCUUGCAAACUCUCAUCAGCUUUGUUGGUCGAACAAUUACGUCUUUAUAAGGUCUUCAUUCGUUACGGAUAUUGCAUUUCCGACUUUUCCAACAUGUUCACUUCGUUAUGCAUGUGGUUGAGUGUCCCCACUAUUGAGAAGCUAAUGGAAAACGAUGUGAUGAAUGAAUAUUGUGCCAUCACAAAGGAAGUAUACCUUAUUCUAGAAGUUUUAGCCUGUAGACUUCCAAACUUCUAUUCGGACGUACGAGAAAAAACCAAGGAUGUUGCUGAAGAGAAAGAGACUUGGUCUUGGAGUCAAUUUGGUUCCAUUUUCGAUUUAGCCCUCGAGUGGGUACAAGUAAAAAAUAUCGCACCUCUAACAAGACUCUUCAACUGCCAAAAUAACGUCGGUGAAAUUCGCAGUUUGCAAGAUUCAGAAAUAAAUUCCUUGUUAUGGGUUAUUUCUUCUGUUCUGAAUAUGCUUUCCAGUGUGCUUAAAGCUGUGAUCCCAGAGGAUUUUACGAGUUUGCCCAAUGGUCGUUUGUCAUGGCUGCCAGAAUUUGUUCCCAAGGUUGGACUCGAAAUUAUUAAAAAUGGAUACUUUAGGUUCUCUGAAAAUGGUUCGAUAGUUGAUUAUUUAUGUCGUUUGAGGAUUGAAAAUGGAAGAGAAUUGGCAAUAUCUUCUACAUGUUGCAUUCAAGGAUUGGUCCGAGUAGUUGAUUCUGUUGACAAGUUGAUCCAGCAUGCAAAUCUCGAGAUUCAUCAGAAGCCAUCUAAAUUCGAGAGUGCACCAGAGGAAGAUAAAAUCCUUGCUAACGGGAUACUUAAGUCAUGCGCAGUAGAAGUACAAUAUUCGCUGACGAAUUUAAUGAAACAAAUCAUGAACAAAUGGCAAAGCACAAAACCCGUUGAGAUUUUCAGCAGGGGUGGUCCCGCUCCAGGGGUAGGUGUAGGGUGGGGUGCCUCAGAUGGAGGGUAUUGGUCCUUAAACACUUUGCUGACUCAGCAAGAAGCAAGAUUGCUCGUUGACUUGCUUGAAAUAUCGGAAAUUCCUCCUACGGCGCAAACGCUAAAUUGUGCCCUUACAGCUUGUUUAACUGUGGGGCCAGGGAAUAGUUCUGUCAUUGAUAAGUUACUGAACUUCAUGUUUCGAGUUCCUGUUUUGAAGUAUCUCAAUCUUGGAAUCGGAAAAUUCCUUUCUGUCAAACAAGGAUUCAGUCCUUUUAAGUGGGAUUACGAAGAAAAUGAAUAUCUUUUAUUUGCUAAUGCUUUGGCCACUCACUUCAGAAACAGGUGGCUGACUGUAAAGAAGAAACAAAAAUCCACGGGCGAAAAAAUUAACCACAAAUCUAAAAAGAAAGACGCUCGUUUUCUGGAGACUAUCGAUGAGAAUAUGGAUGAAUCAAAUCAAGAGUCGUUGUCUUCUUUGAAACUGGAGUGGGCUUAUCAGAGAUUGCCUCUUCCUACACAUUGGUUUCUUAGUGCAAUCUCCACAGUUAAUUUUGUGAAGAUCGAUUCUACUGGAGAAACCUACAUGGAGAUGCCUGAGAACUUUCUAGAAGUUUCCAAGGCUGGGCUAUUUUUGCUUCUAGGUAUCGAAGCGAUUCCUGCUUCGCUUACCUCUGAGUUCUUCUCUCCAGUUGAAUGUGUUACAGUUGUUUGGAAACUGCAUGCAAUUUCUGUGGUAUUACUUUCUGGAAUGGGUGUUCUUGAAGAUGAGAAGAGCAGAGAUGUGUACGAAACUUUGCAGAAUAUUUACGGUAAAAUAAUCGAUGAAAAAGAGUUGCAUAAAUCACUGCAAUUUGAGUCGGAGAUCCACAAGAAUUACCCUACUUUUAUUGAAACCCUAGUGGAGCAAUUUGCUGCAGAAUCUUACGGUGACGUGCUAUUUGGGCGGCAAAUAGCAAUGUAUUUACACAGAUCGGUUGAGGCUUCUGUAAGGCUUGCUGCGUGGAAUGGCUUAUCUAAUGCUCGUGCUCUUGAGCUUCUCCCUACUUUGGAUAAGUGUUUUUCAAAAGCUGAAGGCUAUCUCGAACCUAUUGAGGAUGAUGAGAAGAUUCUGGAAGCGUAUGUGAAAUCAUGGGUGGGUGGGGCCCUCGACAGAGCAGCGAAACGAAAUUCAAUGUCGUUCUCGUUGGUUCUGCACCAUCUCUCCUGGUUCAUUUUCGGGGAUGUUGUAGGUGAUAUGCUCUCACUUCGUAAUAAGCUCGUGAAAUCCCUCUUACGAGACUACUCACGCAAACAACAACAACACGAGGGGAUGUUGGUGAAACUGGUAUGCUACUACAAUAAAUCCGACAGGGAUUAUGAGAUUGAAAGGAGGUUGCAACUAUUGAAACAAAUUUGUGAUGGGAAUUUGGCUUCUGCGGAAAAACUCGAGUCUUGUAUCAAAUUAAAUCAUCUUAUCUAAGUUGAGAAUAUUUUAUCUUACAAAACAAUGGAAUUAUUAAAUUAAGUUGAAUAUAUUUUAUCUUAUAAUACUAAAUAUUAAUACU